AUGAUCGAACUUCACGGCCGCCUCACUGCGAUAGCCAAGGACGCAUCGGAGAUGGAGAAGGCCAAGAAGCUCAAUUGGACGGACGAGCGAGGACAUUGGAGAGUGCUGAAAUGGGAUCCGCAGCGGCAGGAGCUCCAGGUCGACGAAAGCAAGAUUACGGUCUCCACCGAGGACCUUCUCAAGCAGACGGUGGAGAUGCGAAAAGGAGUCACGGAGGAGGCUCUGCAACGGUUUCGGAGUUACAAGAAGAUGACCGAUCAACCGGUCACCGAAUGGAUGCAGUUUCGCUUGGAGAUCUCAUUCCGACCCCUUUGGAGAUCCAGUCUGGAAUACACUACAGACGUGGGUAGGUCAGGCGGCAUGGCAUCUCUUCGGCUGUCGUCUUCGGCGCGAAAGGCCCCAAUACAACGGCUUAGUCGAACAGGUGAGACAUGGGAUGUGAUUCGUGGUGCGAGCCUCAGUCUCAGCGCCAUCCUUCAGCUUAGCCUUCACAAUACCAGCAAUCUGUGCUACCUUAACACAGCUGUGCUCACGCUCGCAUGGGCCACCUCUACACACUACACUCCUGUUUUAAUGCCCUGGCAACGCGCCCUCGGCAUAAUCAAGCUCUUCAGGUCACACAACUUAUGCAAUGGCGACUGCUCCUUGGGCAAUGGCCUCAGCUUGGCAGACAGCAUGACAUUUGCGAGUUCCUUGCAUAUUUGCUGCCUAGGAGUCUCUUUCUGA